GUUGUUUAGUCACAACCAGAAUUUGAUUAUAAAAUUGCAGAGACCAAAUUGAUAUCAUAAAAACAUAAUAUAUAUGCAGUUGUUCGUUAACUUGAAUAUUUAUAGCACAAAAAUGGAGGUAAAAUUCCUUGUAUUAUCAUUCUUGGUAAUAUCAAACCUAAGGGAAGCAUUUUGCGCACCAGCAGACGAAAGUUUUGUUGUAUCAACAACAGAACAACCAAACAACAGAUCCACGGGCAAAGAACUUGAUGAAGCUAACGUUGUUCCUGUGAUUUAUGAAUUACACGUGCAGUCCAACGUAACUAAUCGAUAUGCUAAGACUGUGAUAACAAAUAGGGUUAAAAACCCAGCUAAGUCAGCAAAGGAAACUACUUUUUCUGUUGUUCUACCUGAAAAAGCAUUUAUUUCAGAGUUCGUAAUGGAAAUUGGAUGGAACAAAUACAAAGCUUACGUCAAGGAAAAACAGGAGGCUAAGAAAAUAUAUACUAAGGCAGUAGCAAGUGGUCAAAGUGCAGCUCAUGUAGCUGUAAACACAAGAGAUUCUAGCACAUUUACAAUUUCCGCCAACGUUGGACCCGAAGAAAAAGCAACAUUCUAUUUGACAUAUGAAGAACUUUUGGAAAGAAGAAAUAGCCAAUACGAAUUGGUUCUUAACAUUCGUCCCGGACAAGUAGUUGAUCAUCUAAAUGUUCAAGUAUUCAUCAACGAAUCCAGGCCCUUGGUCUUUGUGAAAACUCCAUCCCUUAGAUCCGGUAACGAAAUCACAACAAGCAACGAUAAACUUGAUCCUGCAUCUUUUAUUGAAAUUGUCGACUCUACCAGUGCUCUAGUUAAAUUCCAACCAGAUGCUAUAAAACAACAGGAAUAUGCUAAGGAAUUAGGAGGAAACGAAACGAAGGGUCUUGCAGGACAAUUUGUAGUUCAAUACGAAGUAGAAAGAGACCCACUAGGUGGAGAGGUUCUGCUACAAGAUGGAUACUUUGUACACUUUUUUGUACCAAAGGACGUAGAAGUCAUUCCAAAGCAUGUAUACUUCGUACUAGAUACAAGUGGAAGUAUGUAUGGUACCAAACUCCAGCAACUUAAAGAUGCCAUGACUAGUAUUUUGGAUGAGAUCAAACCCGAAGACGCACUCAGUAUUGUUGAAUUCAACAGCGAAAUUUACAUAUGGGACAUAGAAAAUGAGAAAUCAAUUCUUGCUAAGUGGGACAACUACUGGGAACCAUUCGAAGAUUUAGCUCUAUUCGACCUACCAGGACCUCUAUUAGCAACAAAUGAUUCAAUCAUAAAAGCAAAGAAACUUGUAGACAAUAUGGAAACUCGAGGUGGCACUAACAUAAUUGGUGGAUUAGAUGCUGGUUUAUAUCUUGUAAAAUCCCACAUAGAAAGAACUGAAGAAGGUAACAAUCAGAGAAAGCAUAUGAUAAUAUUUCUAACUGAUGGACAACCCAACAUAGGUAUACAUUCUACAGAUGAAAUUAUUGAAGUGGUCACUAAACUAAAUCAAAACAUCAAAGUUCCACUGUACAGCCUCGCUUUUGGAAAUUCUGCCGACAUAGAGUUUUUAAAAAAACUGUCUUUGAAGAACAGAGCAUUCUCCAAACAAAUUUACGAAGCAGCAGAUGCCGCCAUCCAACUGCAACAAUUUUAUAGACAAAUAUCCUCUCCACUUCUAUCAAAUGUCCAUUUCAAAUACAACGAUGAUGCUAGCGAAGUAACAAACACAGGUUUUCCGAUUGUGUACACUGGUGGUGAAAUUGUAGUCACUGGACGCUUCUCAGGUCACGAAUUUAAUCCAUCAAUAAAGGCUGUAGGCAAACGAGGACCUUUAACAUACAAACCACGUGUUCACAAGCCAGUAGAUUCCUUGGAACGCCUCUGGGCAUACUUGAGUGUAAAGGAAACUCUCCAGAAGAUGAAAAUUGCUAAAAACAAAGUAGAACUUACCAAGAAAGCUUUGGAUAUUGCUCUUAAAUAUUCCUUUGUAACUGACUUGACAUCAUUGGUUGUAGUGAAACCCAACUGUACACAAUACACGUGUUCAGAUACGUCCGGAUAUUUUCCAAGACUGGGAAAAUCUUCAGAUUCUCGACUUACAUCAUCCGGAGGCGGCAGGCGAGGUCGCGCUAGAAGUAGGACUAAAUCUCGAUUUCAAGUUGGUCUUCCGGAUAGAGUUUCAUACGACGAGGUUAAGCCGGAUACACCCACACCAGCAACGUUCACUGAAACAGCUACAAGCUCAGAACUAGAUGAACGUCUAAAAUGGUUGUCGGCCGCUUUAAGUGAAAACAAAACAUUAUCCCUACCAUCAGGUAAAUUAAAACUUGGUGAAGAUUCAUUACAAAUUACUCCCUCUGAAACCUGUCCAAAAACACCCGAAGGCAAAGAAGGUGUUUGCUCUCUUAUUAAAGAUUGUCCUCAAGUAUUCCCACAACUGACUAAUUUCGACGUAUACAAGACCUUCUCCUGUGCCAUGCCGAAAGAAUACGCUGGAGUCUGCUGUCCAAAGAAAGAUGAAGUUGCUGCUUAAAAUUGUCAUUGCUUGUUAAUUUUUAAUCAAAUUUAGAAAAUCUUGAAAGUUAUGACUUUCUAAUGUAAUACAAUGGUUAAUAAACAAUUUAAUGCAA